AUGUCAAAACAAAGUGUACGAUACUGUGGUAAUCAAAACGGUAAAAUGGUCAAAAGCAGACCACUAGCAGUAAAGAAGGGUGUGAUGCAAGGUGACACGCUCAGCCCACUCCUAUUUUGUAUAGUGAUCUCGCCGAUAUCGGCAAAGCUACGUAACUGCGUAACACCAUACCGUACGGCCACAGGAUCGCUAACACAAGACAGCAUACCUCUUGAGAUGAACCAUCAAUUCUAUAUGGAUGAUCUCAAGGUAUACACGCCCAAGUGGGAAGACGUAAUGCUCGCCAAAGAAAGCAUCGAGAAAGUAGCUGGAGAGCUUGGGCUCCGAAUGAAUCCCUCCAAAUGUGCAAUCAGUUCACUGAAUGCGAGUGAGCAAUUAACACUAACGCCUGCAAUGGAGGAAAUACCCAUCCUGGGCUCAAACUCACUAUACAAAUACCUAGGAGCAGAACAAAAUAUACUCGUCAAUAUGGAACAAAUGUGGAAGAGGGUGAUAGACAAAGCCCAUUCCGCAGCACGGAGAAUUAUGCUUAGCGAACUUACCGUACGCCAAAAAGUUAACGGGUACAAUCAAGUAGUGAUACCUAAACUCAAGUAUGCAUUUUCAUGCAUUAUAUACGGAACAGGGAAAUUCGGCACCAUAAGGAAGCAGGCAAGAACAUUUGAUGAAUCCGUUCGCAAGCUCCUUGCUGAAGCAAAAAUGAGAUAUGGACACAGUUGUGUACCACGCCUAUACGUGAAUAAAGAAGCAGGAGGCCUAGGACUCAAAUCAGCAGAAGAGGAACUAGAGCACUCCAUAGUAUACACAUGGUGCUACAUGGCCUCAAGACCAGAGCUCCGAGUGCCCUACCAGCUCUGCGAAAGCCUCAGGACCAGCAACAAAAGAUCACUUACAUCAGACUUCCAUUCCAUUCUGAGAGAAAAUAGGCUCGAGCAUGACGUAAAACGUCUGGCGGAAGCCUCCAUCCAGGUCAGAGAAAGAGCCUUUACGACAGCGACUGACGCUGCGAGAGUGAUCUCAAAACUGGUUCACGAGCGAUGGACAGCAACAAGGAUGCUUGAAUGGAAGCAAAGAGAAGUGGCAAGCAGAAUAAUAGCAGCAGAUGGAACGAGUACUCAACCAUAUAUAUGUCAUAAGGACUCGUUCCUCUGGUCUAGAAGAGGAUGGAUUUCCUCUGAAGUACUGCGAAACAUAUGGGCCGCACAAGAAGGCUCACUACCAACUAAGGCAAGUGCGCCCGGUCGCGCCCUAUGGCCACACAGCAACCAACUAUGCAGGAUGCACUGCCAAGCCAGAGAAACCGCAGAACACAUAGUGUCUACGUGCAAUUACUGGCGAACCGGCCUAAUGAUAAAACGACAUGACAGUGUCGCAAAAGUCAUCUAUGACGCACUAAAGAAGAAAUAUGGGCUCGGUUCAAAGGUGACCAAUACCCAUACACCUCACAUUGUAGAAGGAGACCGGGUCAAAAUACACUGGAAUGACCGCAUCCUAACCACAGAGAAUAUCAGGCACGAUAGACCAGAUAUAGUAGUUAAAGACAUCCGCAACAAGAAAAUAUGGAUUGUGGAAAUAGCGGUGCCUUGGUAUACUAGGAUGAUAGAACAAGAGACCAAAAAGGUCCGCAAAUAUGGCAUGAACAGUUGCUUGCCACAAGACACUGAGAUAGAGGACUAUUACCCAGGCCCGAACCUGAAAGCGGACCUGCAGGAACAACACAGAAUGACUGUAGAAAUAAUACCAAUAGUGGUAGGAGCAUGUGGUGAGUGCACACCAAAUUUAAGAAAACAUGUGCGAUCAUUACAACUACCAGAGGAUACAGACUGGAUCAUAGAGAGGAUGCAGACACGAGCAAUCCUCGGAACGCAUAGAAUCAUAAAAAGUCACUUGUCAAAGGAAGAUGAGUGA